UGAGAACCUACUGAGAGGUGGAAUCAUCUGUGAGAACCGCGUCUCUGGUCUGUGCUGUCCCUGGAGCAUGUGGGGAUGCUGACAACAGAAGCAGAGAAGGCAGCCAGUAGACACCUUCUUGGACUGCUCUUGGGCCUCAUGGAAGGCUCAGAGGCUCCCAGGGUGGUGUGUGUACCUUUGAAAUAGCUGUCCCUGGGAUCUAAGUUUGGGGAGGGGGCCAGUGUAGCCUGAUGGGAGUGUGGUAACGAUGGGUUGGCUGGUAAUUUUUGGGAAUUGGGGAGUUUGAGGAGUUGUUCUACAGAGAGAGGGCAGCACUAGGUUAUGAUGAGCUUCAGAGGUUAGCCAUGUUUUUGGCGAAGUUCAUGAGCCCAGUGUUGGAGGCAGCUAGGUGAGUGGAAAAAGCCCAGAUUUGUUGUUUGACAGAUCUGGGUUGAGAUCCCAGCCCUGCCGCUUCCUGGCUCGAUGAUCUUAGGUGAAGUAAUGAAUUUUUCUGAACUUCAGUUCCAUCAUUUGAAAAAUGGGAAUAAUAAUUCCGACUUCACAUAUAUGUCAUAAAGAUUAAAUGAAAUAUAGGAUUUAAAAAUACCUAACAGCCUGAUGCACAGGGGCUAGUCAACAUGUAUUAGUUCCUUUUACUCUUGGGAAGGUGGAGGUGGCUCCAGGGGUUGGCAGAGAGGGGCACGCCUGGGGCCAAGGGCAGCCUUGCCAGCUGGCUUGGAGCUCAGAAGAUCGGGUCAUGGAUCUGUGCACAGGGGCAGGGUACUGGCAGCCUGUCCUUGCAGACAGAUGGUUCAGAGAAGAGGCCAGAACAGGGAAGCUGCAGAUUUCCUUCAAGAGAGAACCCACUUCCUAAUAGGGCAGGAGGUAGGAAAAGGAAGAAAUGUGCAAAAUACUGGGAAUAUUUCUGAGGAGUGGAUCCUAUGCACAUAGUGGAAGGUAUGGGGGAAGACCACAGAGAAGCUGGGUGAAGGGGAUGAAUGAAGUUGUGUGGAUGUGCUUUGGAUCCGUGGAGACAAGGUGAGUGGCAGCCGUCAGCAGUGGUUGGUUUAUAGAAAAUAAGGUGACUGGAUUAUGGCAUACCUGUGGGUAAGAGGUCCUAGACGGACAGGUUCGUGGAGCCAGGAACAUAGGCAUUGAUGCAUUUACCAGACAGAGAGCAGCAGGUGCAAGGCUGUAUGCUUGGGAUGACAGUAUUGGGGUCUCAGAGGCGUGCACAUUGAAAGUAGGAGCACUGGCUGAGGGCUGACUCCUCAUAGGGGUGCUGGGAGGCUUUCCUCACCUGUAUAAACCUUCCAUGGGGCUCAGAACCAUGGACCCCGGUAGAUUCAUCCCUUGCCUGAACUUCAGGCCCCUCCCUCAGGGCUGGAGCAGAAUUGUAUUGUUUCAGGAGUCGGUGACCUUCGAGGACGUGGCUGUGUACUUCACCCAGAGUCAAUGGGCCAGCCUGGGCCCCCUGCAGAGGGCCCUGUACAGGGAGGUGAUGCUGGAGAAUUAUGCAAACGUGGCUUCCCUAGGGAAGGGAGGUGUUCUGGACCCUGAGCGAAAGGACUCUUCUGGUUCCACAGUAGCAUUUCCAUUCCCCAAACCUGUUCUGAUCUCCCAGCUGGAGAGAGAGGAAGCACCAUUGGGCCCAGAUCCCUGGGAAACAGAAGUUUUGAGAGAUAUCUGUCCAGGUGGUGAGUCCUGGAUCAAGAAUGAAGAGCCGGCUGUAAAGCAGGAAAUCUCUGAAGAAACAGAAUUACACAGAAUGCCACUAGAAGGACUCCUCAGAAGUGUUUCUCAACACUGUGAUUUUAAAAGCAAGGGAACAAAGCAGACUUUAAGUCCAAAUCCGAAUCUGAUACUUCGAGGUGGAAUGAAGUUUUACCAAUGUAAAGUAUGUGGGAAAAUCUUCAGAUAUAACUCAAAACUUAUUCGACAUCAGAUGAGUCAUACUGGGGAAAAGCCCUUCAAAUGUAAGGAAUGUGGCAAAGCUUUCAAGUCCAGCUAUGACUGUAUUGUGCAUGAGAAAAAUCACAUUGGAGAAGGUCCCUACGAAUGUAAGGAAUGUGGCAAAGGUUUAAGUUCCAACACAGCCUUGACUCAACACCAAAGGAUCCACACUGGAGAGAAACCCUAUGAAUGUAAGGAGUGUGGGAAGGCUUUCCGUAGGAGUGCGGCAUAUCUUCAGCAUCAGAGAUUACACACUGGGGAGAAACUCUAUAAAUGUAAGGAAUGUUGGAAAGCUUUUGGGUGUCGGUCACUUUUUAUUGUCCAUCAGAGAAUUCAUACCGGAGAGAAGCCCUACCAAUGUAAGGAGUGUGGCAAGGCAUUCACUCAGAAAAUAGCCUCCAUUCAGCAUCAGAGAGUUCACACUGGGGAGAAGCCUUAUGAAUGUAAGGUGUGUGGGAAAGCCUUCAAAUGGUACGGAAGCUUUGUGCAGCAUCAGAAAUUGCACUCUGUGGAGAAGAAGCCCGUCAAGAAGCUUGGGCCAACCUUGGGCAAUCCCCAGUGUCCCUCUUCAGCCUUAUCUCCUAUUCCUCUGCAGGGUUCAUGCUCUGCUCCAGCUGUGGCCGUGCCUUCACUGACCUUUCCACAUGCUGUGCUCAUUCCUACCUCAGGGCCUUUGUUCAUGCUGCUGCCCACAUCUGGAAUACCUUCGUCACCUGUCCAAAUAGUACGUGUCUUCCAGGGUCUUACUCCUGCUGUGAAACCUUCCCCAAUUAUUCUGACCCCUACUUCUCACCCCUCAUGAACUUUACCUUGGUACUCCUGUGGCUCUAUGCCCAGCAGGUCUCCGACCCAGUUUGCGUUUCAUUUGUAUUUUUUUUCUCCAUAUGUGUAUUACAACUGUUUCAGCAUAAACACCAUUGUAAUCUGUAUACGUUUAAAAACUGUUUAUAUAAUAUACUGUCUCUGCUGGGUAGAAAAUGGAAAUACUUGACCAUUGCAUCAGUCCCUUUCAGGUUUGAACAACAGUGGCUGUGUCUGCAUUGUGGGAAUACUAGUGUUAGAAGUGCUGGGAGGACAUGUUGGGUGUUCAAAAAGUUUGGGAAAGAGGACAUCCCUGUAUUAGGCUACUGUGAUUAGAAAGAAGCAGCCUGGAAGAAACAGGAGGAGGCAUGUGGGACCUGUGGGAGUAGAGAGUUGAAAAAGCUUCCAACAAUGGACUUUAGAAAUUAGU